UUGAGCAAGUCUAACAAGACUGGUGUAUUUUCCGCCUUCCAUAACUUGUAAACAAAACGAGAGCAUUGAAUCAGAGAAUUUAUGAAGUUUACUUAACCUUUUAUGACCUCUGAAAGUAUGUGGAGUGAAUCAGGAAGACACCCUGUCUACUAACGAUGGAAGGUGCACGUCUAUUGUACAUCAGCAUUAUCGUCGCAUUCUCUAAAGAAGCAGAAGUGCGUGCAAGUGAAGGUUGGUUCUUACAUGUGACCGAUUUCCACUGGGAUUUUACAUAUGGAACGCAGGACUGGUCAUGCAAUGAUGACGUCAGCAAUCAUGGUCUCUAUGGUGACUACUGGUGCGACUCCCCAUGGACGCUUAUAACCUCUGCCGUAGAAGCAAUGAAAAAUGCGACAGAAAGCAGAUCAGCUGAUUUCAUAUUUUGGACAGGUGAUAAUGUCUUGCACGUUGGGAAUGAUAAAGUCGAUUUAGACGUGCAUGACCAGAUACUAGGAAAUUUGACAGAUUUGCUGCGGUCCUUCUUCCCGACAGUCCCGGUUUAUGCCACAUAUGGUAACCAUGACUACUACCCACACAAUCAAUUCCCUCCGCAUAACAACGAACUUUAUAACCGUACUUUAGAACAGUGGAAAGGUUGGAUAAACGACACCCGACAGGAAGACAAUUUCAGAAAAGGUGCCUACUAUACUGUGAAAGUUUCCUCAGGAGUACGUAUUUUGGCUCUAAACACCAAUUUAUACUACACCUCGGACAAAGUCACGGCUGGAGUUCCGGAUCCUGCCCAACAGUUCAGUUGGAUGGAAGAAGUUUUGAAUAGUUCUCGAGUAAACAACGAAAAGGUAUUAGUGACAGGUCAUGUGCCCCCAGGAAUGGCCCCGCCUCUUGGAACAAGAUGGAUGUACGAGGAUUUCCACAAAAAGUUCAAUGCUAUCAUUUACAAAUUCAGUGAUAUCAUCACAGGAUUGCAUUUUGGUCACGAGCAUAACGACAAUUUCCGUGUUUUCUACGAUCAGGAAGAUAAACCUGUUCUUUCACUUUUCAUGGCACCUUCCGUUACGCCAUGGAGGUUCAAAAUACCAGCUUUAGGAGUUACAGGAAAGGCCCACAACCCUGGAUUCCGCUUGAUUAAAUACGAUCAAUCCACAGGAAGACAUUUAGAUUUAAUUCAAUACUACAUGGACCUCCCCGAAAGCAAUCGUUUACAAAAGCCUUUGUGGAAAAUUGAGUACGUGGCCACUAAAGAUAUGUCAAUUCCGGACAUAACUCCAGCUUCCAUGGAUCUCUUCGUUAAACGGAUGACAAAUCUAAAUGGAGAGGAGUUCAACAUGUUUUAUAGGUGGCGUUUCACUAGUGCCGAACACGUCUCCAUAAAAAGUUGUGAUCGAUCAUGUCAUGCAGUCUUACAUUGUAACUUUGUACACUCAUCCAAGGCCAAGUAUGACCAGUGUGUGACUGGGUUGACCAGUGGAGCUGUCAAUGUUUCGAGAGUUCUCAGUUUGAAUUAUGUCUUUUAUGUAGCUAUCCUCAUUAUUAGCUUUGUAAAAUAAAGACUAGGCUGAAUCUAGCAGCCACUAAACAGCAGCCAAGAAGAAAAUGCAUCAAAGUACUGAGAGUACUCCGACGGAAUAUUAAAAAUUAGUAAAAAAAAAAUCGAUUGAUAUUGAUGAUAUUUCAAUCAAUUAAUAAACAUAUUCUUAAUUA